AACUGCUCGCUUUGGAAACAAAGUGACAUUCACUCACUCGCUCGCUCUGUCUUCUUGAUGUCCGUGUCAGAAUGACAGUUGUUUACAUGUUUCCGUGCUAAGGCAGACAUUUUAAACAAACCCCUUCCGUGAUUUGUGUGACUUUCAGUCAACAGUUAUGGACGACAAAGUUGUGCGGAGCAGCUAGCGUUAGCUGAAUGAAUGUCAGCGUGAUUUGUUGGAAGUUGGUUGUCUCACCGCUAGCUCGCCUGCCGUUGUGUCCACAGAGACCGUGAUUAAAAAGCAGCCACAUAACAUCUGCGGAGCUGCCGUGAACGUGCGCUUGUUUUGUUUUCGGACGCGAAGAAGCUCUGUGAGAUAUAUACAUAUAUUUUAUUUUUUUUAUUUUUUUACCAUGGAUCCAUUUGACAACAACAGCACAGACCGAGCAAACCUGCCGAGAAACAUGAUUGAGAACAGCAUGUUUGAAGAAGAGCCUGAUGUCAUGGAUUUAGCCAAAGACUCUGCAGCAUUUCCGACAUUUCCCACCCUUGACCCAGACGAGGUGGUGUUUGAGCCCAGUAGUUCACGGCUGCUCGUGCGAGGCCUGGGAGAGCACGACAUUGACGAGGACGAGGAGGACUGUGAAUCUUCGGCCCGUCUGCUCGGCAUGUCCUUCAUGAACCGCAGCUCGGCUCAUAGGUCCAGCUCCUCCCCGUACACCAGACAGUCUCCACCCAGGUCAUGUUCACGUCCCUCUGCCCGGACAAUGGUUGUAUGUGUGUUAUUACUGGUGAUAGUUGCAUCUAUGACUAUGGUACUGUACUUUUUACCUGGAUGCACCUUUACUAAGGCAGGCUGUCCUAAGCCAAACAAGGCCGCGCCUCUCGAGCCCGUCUACCCCGUCUCCACAAAUGGCGAACCUUUUCCAUGGGCCCAGUUCCGGCUGCCUUUCAGUAUACAUCCUGUUAGCUAUGACAUCACCCUGAACCCGGACCUGGACAACAUGACCUUCACUGGGUGCACCGUCAUCACUUUGUCUGUCCAUCACAACACUUCGCUCAUUGUCUUUCAUGGUGCCAACCUCAACAUUACCAAAGCUUCCUUCAAGGUGGGUGAUGGGGAGGCCCAUGAUGUGACUCUGCUGGAAUACAAACCCAGGCAGCAGUUAGCCUUUAAAUCGGCUGCAGAGCUGAAGCCGGGCCAGCUCUGCGUUCUGACCCUGGACUACUCUGCCAGCCUCUCACACACUUACGAUGGUUUCUACAACAGCUCGUACACGGAUAAAGAUGGAAACAAAAGGGUCCUGGCUGCAACCCAGUUUGAACCUCUGUCAGCCAGGAAGGCCUUCCCUUGCUUCGACGAGCCUGCUUUCAAAGCCACCUUUCUGAUUAAAAUCAACAGGAAAGCAAACUACAUGACUCUUUCUAACAUGCCCAAGGCCAAAUCCACGCCACUUUCAGGAGGCUUCGUGCAAGACGAGUUUGAAAAGACCUCUGUCAACAUGAGCACCUACCUGGUGGCGUUCAUUGUUGCUAAUUUCUCCCCGGUCAGCAAAAAUGUCUCAAAAACUAAAGUGUCGGUGUAUUCAGUGCCGGAGAAGGAACAGCACACAGGCUACGCUCUGGAGACGGCCGCCAAACUGCUGGAGUUCUACAAUAAUUUCUUUGAAAUAGACUACCCCCUCAAAAAACUAGAUUUGGUAGCCAUCCCAGACUUCCUGGCAGGUGCCAUGGAGAACUGGGGGCUCAUCACUUUCCGAGAGACCACCCUGCUGGUGGGCAAACAAUCGUCGCCCCUGGAGAAACAAGUGGUUGCGUCCGUCAUAGCGCACGAGCUGGCUCAUCAGUGGUUUGGAAACCUGGUAACGAUGAGGUGGUGGAACGACCUGUGGCUCAAUGAAGGCUUUGCCACAUACAUGCAGUACACGUCCCUGCAGACAGUGUAUCCCCAGCUGGACAUUGGUAACUUGUUCCUGGCAGUGCGUUUCAGAGCGUUGGACAAAGACGCUCUUAACUCAUCCCAUGCUGUGUCAACAGAGGUGAACGCAGCAGAGCAGGUGGAAGAAAUGUUUGACUCCGUCUCAUAUGAAAAGGGUGCGUCUAUACUUUUGAUGCUGAAUGCUUCGCUGCCAGGGGAUCAACAGUUUAAAAAGGGUAUCAUUCAAUACCUAAACCAGUUCCGUGGUUUAAACACAGACACCAAUGACCUCUGGAACAGCCUCACACAGGUUUCAAUGCUGAACCAGAAUGUGUCAGAGAUGAUGAGCUCGUGGACUUCACAGAAAGGCUUCCCAUUGGUCACUGUGAGCCUCAAGGGCGACCAAGUGACCUUUACCCAAGAGCACUUUCUACUCACAUCUGAUAAUGCGACACAUACGUCCACCUUGUGGAAUAUUCCACUGACGUACGUAAACGACAGCUGUAGUUCGGCCCCUGAAUGCAGACAGGUGUUUACGCUGAAGACCAAGACAGGCACUCUUAAACUGCCGGGCAGUGUGAAGUGGCUGAAACUGAACUACAGGAACACAGGCUUCUACGUCGUCCACUAUGGAGACGAAGGCUGGGCUGCUCUUAGGGAGGCUUUGUCCAACAACGUCGGUGUCCUUACAAGUGAUGACCGGGCCUCGCUCAUACACAACAUCUUUGCUCUCUCCAGACUGGGACGCGUGUCCUUCCAUCAAGUCCUCAACCUUUUAUACUACAUGUCCAAUGAAACGGAGACCUCUCCAGUGAUGGAGGCCUUGUUGCAGCUUCAAAACAUUUACAGGCUGCUUGACAAGAGACAGGAGGGUGGUCUGGUGGUUCGCAUGAAGAAUUACAUUCUGCGUCAGUUUGGUUCACUGAUGGAUAACCAAACGUGGGGAGACGAGAACAGCGUGUCUAAACAGGAGCUGCGCUCAGCCCUGCUGGAGACGGCUUGUCGUCUGAAAGAAGAGAACUGCAUCAAGCGAGCCAAGGCGCUGUUCAAACAGCACGUCGAGUCCAACGGGACGAUACGGAUACCAGGCGAUCUGCAGCGAGUUGUGUUCACCGUGGCUGCUCAGUCAGACGAGGACUGGGUGACUCUGCUCAACAUGUACGCGAACACCACAUAUGAUGCGGAGAAGCGGAAAAUGAUACGGGGCCUAGCGUCCACGCAGAACACACGCCAAUUAGUAUGGAUUCUGAAGACGGCUCUGAACGGAGACAUCAUCCAGACACAGGAGUUGCCCUUGGUCAUCAGCACUGUGUGCAACAACUUUGCUGGCUACUUGUUUGCCUGGGAUUUCAUACGAGAAAACUGGGACCGACUCAUAGAAAAGUUCCCUGUGGGCUCGUAUGCCCUCCAGACAAUCAUCAAAUCUUCCACCUCUCAGUUCUCCACACCAGCACACCUCGAUCAAGUGCAGUGUUUCUUCUCCAGUCUGAAGGAGCGCGGCUCUCAGAUGAGGAGCGUACAGGAAGCUUUAGAAACCAUUAGGCUGAAUCAGCGAUGGAUGGACCAGAACCUGUCUACACUCCGAAAAUGGCUCUAAUACAGACACUCCACCACGUGUCGGGCUCAAUGACAGACGAACGGAGAGAGUGUUGGAAUGAUAACAGCAGUGUUUGCACUACUGUAGGGACUGUGUCUCCUAACUUUAUCCACAGAGAAGUAAACAAACCCAGAGUCUGUCUUUCACCUGGCUGGACAAGGUGUCAGAUUUUCUGAGACUGGGACCUGUAGAUCACGAGCUCAGGGUGCCAGUCCUGGUAUCAGUUUCAGUCCUCAUUGAGGAUAGCGACUGAUCACUGACCACAUGAGAUCAGUUUGACACCACUUCCCCCCGCCCCCUUCCCUUUACUCAAAUAUACACAUAGACAUCAAAACGACAAAAUGUUGUCUGUGCACGUGAUUGUAUGUGUCCAUUCAGACCUGUACUUGGUGUAAUCCGGAUGUGAUUUAAAUCACUCAGGAUGGAUGUUCAUACCAGGUCUGAACGCGGCUCAGUGCGUUUGACAGCGAAGCCCAAUGUCUAACAAAGUGGUACAGUUCGGUUUCGUAUGACACCUUUUGCAAAGUAUGCGCUCCUUCGAUUUUCAGAAUUUGUGACGGUACCAAAAUGACCAUUCUGUACCUCCCCACCUCUCAGUACCCUUCUGCUGGGCUGCCGAGUGCAGAGGUCCAGCACCUGAAGAGUGGAGCUGGAACUGGGAAUGUCUGUUUGUCUGUUUGUUUGUUUGUGCGUGUCAUUCUGGUGUGAUGUCACGCUAUUUAUAUACAGUAGCUGGGUGGAAACACAAGUCAGACCAGGUUUUUGUACCACUGUGAGCUCGAGCGCUCUGAACUGCUUUGUUGAAACGCAGCCAAAACGCAAACUCCUCAGCACUACGUUGACCAAGCUCUCACAUAAUGCAGUCCUCACGCCUGAGCAGACGAUCAAGCUUCUCCCAAACUUGGGCUCAGCUCGCUCUCAGGCAUUUCACUCUAUGAGCUGUUUGAUGGCCACUUCACAAAAGAAAAAAGGAGCAAGUUUGAAGAAUGUCUGUGCGUUUGUGUUGUCUGUCAGUCAGUGCUGGACUUUCUCUCAGCUGUGUGAGACGUGUGUAGACGCAGCUGUCGCUGACCCCUCAGUACUCGAGAUGUGUUCGUGUUCUUAAUUAAGCUACGCUCAUGUCACUGUCGUACUACUGGUGGUUUAUUUCACCGAUAGCUUUAUAUUUCUGCAUCACAUGAAUGUAUUGACAGAACCUCCCCACUGUGUACAUUAGAUGGCGCGCUGCUCACAACAAGUGCAGAUUUGAAUCAACAGCCAAUGUGUCUUAGACGAGAGAAGGCCGCGCACACUGGAGCCAAAUGUUUCCUUCCUGUCUUUCCUCCUUCCUUCCUUUCAGCCCAAUUUACCUCAAAUUUAAAGCGUAUCUAUUUUAAUUGCUCUCUCGCGGGCAUUGCGGUCUCUGUAAACUCAUUCUUUACGUCCGCGUGCUUGUAUAAACUUGUAAUUAUGAUGUAAAUAUGCUCAAGCCGACUGUACAACCCUUUCCCAUCGCAGUUUUAGAUGUUAAACAUUUUUAGAUAUGCUUUAUUUUCUGUACGCACACUAUAUGUGUAUAUAUGAAUAUAUAUAUAUAUAUAUAUACAUACACAUAAAU